GUGACAGCAGAGAGAUGGGUGACUGUGAGAACAUGGUACUCUACCACAUAGAGGAGGCGGCCAAGCUGUCUCGGGGUUGUGUCACAGAUCUGCUUAAGUUUGCCAAGAAUUGUGUCAACUGUCCAGAGCUUGUUUUGGAUCCCUUCAUGCUUGCUAUUCUUGUCUCUUUGUCCACCAUUGCUGCUUAUGAACUUCAGGUAACAGACAUACUCAAGACUGUUAUCCUGCGUAGUACGCAGGAAGAGGAGCGACGCAAGGAUUCUGCUUGGUUGCGCCAAAAUGUGCCAACUCAAACCAAUUUUGAAAAUGUGCUUCUCCUGUUGAUACAAAGCAAUGUGUGUACCAGAGACAAGGUGUUGAAGGGACUGGUGCAGUUGUGCAUGAGUCUGUUGAACAUGCCAGCCAAGGGCAAGGAGACUGCGGCAGAGAUAUUGUGGGCUCACGGCAGACACUCAUUGGUCUACAUAGUCAAGAGACACAGACAAGUAGCCUCCUCUGUACUGCAGACACUGGCUGACUACAUCAUCACAGGACAGAACAUCACACAGUACACUGGAUGAAACUUUAACAACAAAUAUGAAACUGACAACCACUAGAGAUUUCCGCAUCAAUACAAAAAAGCUUCAUGAAGUAUUAAACCGUAAUCGUGAGGGUGGUUCUGACGAGGAAGAUGUAGAGAUCUCCACCUCCCAAGUCAAUUCAUCGGUGGUUGUAGGAGACAAAGAAGCCAUGUCUCAAGCCCGAACUCAGCAUUCUCAAAGAGAUCCAGACAGCAGCUCUCAGCCUCCAGUGAAGAAAAAGAAACUUAGUAAAAAGUAAUGUUAAGCAUUACAUUCAACAAUUUAUUCACACACUGUUCAAUUUAAUUUGUUCAAGUUUUACACUAUUUAACAUAACAUUAUUAUAAAUAAACUAGUUUUUUUAUUUAUUUUCCUUUAGUUAAAAAAAUCACCUUAACU